ACCAUAAGAGUAGAGAUAUCAGUUUACUUUACCAAGAUAACUAGAAAUGGACAAGUAAUGAGGUUGACUGCGCCUUGAAUCGGAGGACUCAAAAAGAAUCUACCAGUGUAAGCACUGAUAUGCUGUGGUGGUGUGGCUGGUGCUUUUGCCCUCCCUGCUUGUCUGAGGAUGACAAAAUGGCAUUGUCUGUCAAUAGAGAGAUUGAUAGAAUGCUUAAACAACACAAAAGGACUGACAGGAGGGAGCUGAAACUCCUGCUUUUGGGAACGGGAGAGAGUGGAAAGAGUACAUUUAUUAAGCAGAUGAGAAUCAUCCAUGGAUCUGGUUUCUCAGAGCAAGAUCGUAAAAUUUACGCAAAGCUUAUACAUCAGAAUAUUGUAACCUGUGCGCAGUCCCUGGUGGGAGCUAUGGAGACCCUCAGAGUACCUUAUGUCUGGGAAGAAAAUAAGGUGAAUGGAAAAAUGAUCAGCGGCAUGGAUGUAUAUAGUAUACAGCAACUAGAAAGGCACCAAGCUUUAGCCAUCAAGAAAUUAUGGAGUGAUCCUGGAAUUCGUAAAUGUUACGAGAAGAGAAGAGAAUUCCAGCUUCUUGACUCAGCCAGCUAUUUUUUAACCAAUCUGGAGAGACUCACCCAGGAUUGUUAUCAGCCCACAAAUGAGGACAUUGUGAGGAUCCGGAUGCCAACUACAGGGAUCAAUGAGUAUUCUUUCAGAGUGGAGGGAAUUAAUCUUAGGCUGGUGGAUGUUGGCGGUCAGAAAUCUGAGAGAAAGAAGUGGAUCCAUUGCUUUGAGAAUGUGAAUUGUCUUAUCUACUUGGCUUCACUCAGUGAAUAUGACCAACAGCUAGAGGAGAACAGGCAAGAGAAUCGUAUGCGGGAGAGUUUGGCUCUUUUCAAGAGUAUAAUGGAGCUGCCCUGGUUUAGAAACACUGCCAUAAUUCUGUUCCUUAAUAAGACUGACUUGCUUUCUGAAAAAAUCGCCUUCUCUGACUUGGCUACAUACUUUCCCAAGUUCAAAGGUCCUCGCCAGGAUGCCAAAGCUGCUAAAGAUUUCAUUGGGGCAGCCUAUAGGGACAUUUUUGAAAAGACAAAAGUCCACGAUACUCUGGAAAAGGAAAAACUAAAAACAGAUCGUAUCCUAUAUCCUCAUGAGACCUGCGCCACAGAUACAGAAAACGUCCGUAAAGUCUUUAAUGACAUAAAACAUGAUGUACUCAGGAAGUUCCUAAUAGACCUUGGACUUGUAUGACAGACAUCCUCCAUUACUCUUCUCCUCUGCAUGAUAUGAACAAUGGUGAAUUGGUGAUAUCCAGUAUGCAAAGCCAAAGAGAACAUCUUUAUUAUAUCUACUGUUACCAAGUUGCAUUUAAUUUUAUGACAAAUAUCUUGGCACUUUACUGACAAAUGUGAAGCUCUUACUAAUGUGCAAUUCAAAAUGGCUUCCAUAUCGAUUUACUCUGCUAAUAGGAAAAGAAAGUAGCUGGCUAGCUGAACAUAUAGGCAUUUAUGGGUAUAUUAACCAUUGCAGGUAGUUGCUUACACAGGAUGUCCAGGAUGAGAAAAAAGGACCUGUCUCUCCAUGGCCUAUGUCUGGUGUUGGAGCAAAGAAAAACGAAUUGGUGAUUUUUAUGUUACACCCUAUGGACAGAAGUGGUUAUUUUUCUUAAAUAAAAAGGACCCUUUUUACUCAGUCUGGACAACCCUAUCAAAGUAUAGUCUUAUGAAACAUGUUUAAUAAUUUUACUAGGCAGUCAAGAAUUUCUGUAAGUUCUUUCAUUUGGAAUCGUUUUAUAUAAGACAACUUAGUCAAGCACCCAUGGCAGUCUUGUAGUUUUUUUUUAGGUUUCUUAUGCCUAAGUCUGCCAAUAGGACAUGAAUACACACUGAUUCCUUCGUGUCUUCUUCAGGAGUAGACUGAUCUGUAAUGCACAUUAUCAGCAUCUCUCUUCAACCCAGCUGUGGGACAGUGAGGAUAGCCUUGGGCAACCAAUUACAGCCCAGCUUUCAUUUUACCACAGCUCUAUAAAUUAUGAUUGGUUAUAGUCGGCAAAACUAGACAGUUUUUGUUUUAGACACUUUUGAUAAAUAUGUGGAAUGAACAAAUACAGUUUGCUGACCAGGUGGGUAGAUGUAUCCUGCCGCCAUGCAUGAACAUAUAGCACUGGGGGUUUCUUACCAUAUGUGCCAAACACAUUUACAAGUUUGCUAAAGUUAUACACUAUACAGAACUGAUGCUGGUUGAUGUUGAGGUUACGCAUUAUUGUUUGGUGACAUUGCUAACAAUUGUAUUUAUUGUCCUGUCAUUGCCCAUAGUAGUGUUAUUUCUAAAAGUCAUAGAGUAGCUUAUUUAAUUGUAUCUUUUUUUUAAUAUAAUUCGCUGUGUUAUAUUGUAUGUUAUUUUUU